UAUCAAAGCGUAAAACAAAUUCGUGGAGGCGAAAAUGCGGUAGCAGGAAGAGGAGGAGAAGGGUAUCAGAAGAUAUUCUUCUGUGUAUUCUUCUCCAUUAACUUUCACUGCCAAGGAAUUUACUCUGAAAACCGCGUGGCGUGUGAAAAACGCAUUCCAACUACCCCCAAAUUGCAAGAUUUGAACUAUAUUCCGCAGACAUUUAUGAUUCAUUCGCUUUUGCUCAUUAAUGUCUCUUGAAAUUAUUUAGUGCGAAGAAAUUGAGAGUUUUUCCGCAAGCUGGCUCCAGUCGGAUAUUUAAAGCAAUUUCAAGGUCGAUCGGUUCGAAGAAGGGGGUUUUGUGCUCAGAAGCGUGGAACAAUAGAAGAUUUAUUCCAUUCUGCGGUGAAAUUCCAGAGUUAAAUCCGUAGCGGUAGGGUAUUGGAAAAUUCGCGGAUUGUCUUGUUUAUGCUCUCCCAAUAGGUACAAGCCGAGGGUUUUGAGAGGUCAAAUUAAUAUAUUCGCCGCUGCUCAGAACCAGAAAGCGUAUUUCACUGUCUUCACAAGAAAAUUGAUUUUUGCUAUCAAUUUCCCCUCGCAAGAUCUGAAUGGUUGAUAGUACUGCGGUGGGGUUGAGGACGGUGGGAAAGGCAACAUUUAAGGCGCGUUGCUUUUGCUGCGAGAAAAUUUAGGUGAAACAAGGGAAGAAGACAAGCGCUCUGCGGGAUCGAGCAUACACAAUAUGAUCAGGGACCAAUUCAAGAAAGCAAGCUUUUGAAAGGUUUUUGUGGAAUCUUUCAAAAGAUAUUUGUAUUAGGGUUCAAAUGCAGGUUGUGGGUCAAGAGUUUUUUCCGCGCCUCCAGAAUUUCGCUUGAAGCGUUGAGUAGCUCAUUAGAUUUUUUGUUAAAAAAUUAAGCCCUAGGACCGCUUACAUUUGCGGUCCAGGGUUUGGGGAUUGGAUAUUCGGUGAAGCUGGGCCAAGAUUCUGACCUAGAUUGGUAUAAUUGAAACACAAGGAUUUGAAAUUUGUUUGGAAGGGUUAUUUUGGUUGAGAUAUGGGAUCCUUAUCAGGAUUCCUUCAGAGACCAUUUGCGGCCGUAGUUGCUGUGGUUGCGACUGCAGUCUCCGUGGACGUGCCGGAUAAAUUGCAUACAAAGACUGCCCCGGUUCUCCCCUAUACAGUAAACUCAUCUCCUCAAAUUCAGUCUGAAUGCACCACUCCAUCCUCGUGGUUUUCAUAUGUAUCUACAGCUAGUCCUACGACUUUAUCAGCAGUCAAGAGAUUCUCAAGUCUUUUAAAAGCUUCACCUGCGGACGAAAAACUUUUCUGGAACCAAUUUGUGGCCAUCCCUCCCUUGCAUGGAUCCCUAACCUCUUCAGGUUCCAUUGAAGCACAGAAUAAAAGCAAUCUCUUGACACACGCUUGCCUUAAGAAAACUUUAUUGAGGUCAUCCAGUUUGCCCUUCUCACAAGCUCCUUGGGGUUUGCAUUAUAUCAAACAUUCUACCUCGACAUCUGCUCAGGUACCUAUUUUCCUUGCCCUCUAUAAGUCUGCAGAUUUGACAUACGGGUUGCCAAAUGCGUUCUCUCGCAAUUCUAGAAUAUCAUCUGGCCAAGGCCCUAUCAAGCAUUCAGAUUUCUCUACUACCCAGUCAAGGGAAUUCCAUGUGUGGCAUUUGCCAAAGCAGGGGGCAAAUGGUUCUACUGAUUCACCAGAAGGGCAGUCCGAGCAAAGGAAACCCGUUGUUGCAGUGGUUUUGCUAGGAUGGUUGGGAGCCAAGCAGAAACAUCUGAAAAGGUAUGCAGAUUGGUAUAAUUCCAGGGGAAUUCAUGCAAUUACUUUCACAGUUCCCAUGAAGGACAUUGUCAGCUACAAGCCUGGAGGAAAAACAGACCAGAAUCUUGAUUUGCUUGUGACUGAAUUAGCUCACUGGAUAGAUGAAAGAAAUAAGGAUUCCCCAGAGAAGUACCUAAUCUUCCAUACUUUUAGUAACACUGGCUGGCUUACUUAUGGAGUUUUGCUUGAGAAGUUUCUUGCUCUGGAUCAUUCUCUGGUAGACAAUAUCAAGGGUUGUGUGGUAGAUUCUGCCCCAGUUGCAAUACCGGAUCCUCAGGUAUGGGCCUCUGGUUUUUCUGCAGCCUUGAUGAAGAAAAACAGUGUAGCAACCAAGGGAAUCUUGAAGGGAACGCCAGGUAGUGGAGAUUUAUCAGAGUUUGAGAAUGAGCCAAAGGCUGCUGUUGCAGAGACAGCUCUACUUGUUAUGCUAGAAAAGUUUUUCAAAGUAUUUCUAAAGCUUCCAAUUGUUGACAGGAGGCUUUCAGAUGUGUUGGGACUUUUAUCAAAUCAGCAGCCACCGUGUCCGCAGCUCUACAUAUACAGCACUGCUGACAGGGUGAUCCCUGCUGAAUCUGUGGAAGCGUUUAUUGAAAAGCAAAAGAAAGCAGGGCACAAUGUGAGGGCAUGCAAUUUUGAACUAUCACCCCAUGUGGAUCACUUUCGGAAUUUUCCAGAUCUGUACACCUCUCAGUUAAGUAGCUUCUUGGAGGAUUGCCUACACAAGCACAAAGUCGAAUAGCACAGAUGUGUUAUAUGCUACUGUUGAGGUAGCUGUAAAAAUUCUUUGCAGGUUUGAAGGAUACAAACCCUAACAGGACAAAUUGCUUAUUGAAGCAAGAAUUCACAAUUAAGUGAAAAUUGCUGAUCAUUUUUUAUGAAUGAGCAGAAGUGGACCUGAUUGUACCUUGUGCCUGUUUGGUAGCAAAAGAAGAAGAUAUUCUUACCAAAAUAAGUGCUCUAUACUGUAUAUACAAUUUUUUGAUUCAUUCCAUUCUUUAAUUACAAAAGACAAUAAAAAUACGACAAUCAGAGGUAUAGAUUUAUUUUCUGGAUAAGUUUAUUUUGGAUCAUUCUCAGAUGGUUUUGUAACUCUAAUUGCAUGCUUAAUGGCAUGCCUCUGUCUAGUAUGUAAUUGGUGCACUACAUUGGAAUUCCUGUGAUCAAUCAAGGAAAUUUUCAUUUUUUC